AUGUCUCACAAUAUCCUCAUCACCGGCGCCUCCGGUUAUCUCGGUGGAACCCUCCUCGCUCGUUGGAGCAGCGCCAACCUACCUGCCUACCAUAAGCUCUACGCCCUCAUUCGUAAGAAUGAACAAGGUGAAGCUGUGAAGCAAUAUGGAGCUGAGCCUAUUCUCUUCGAUAUCAAAGAUGAAGCCAGCAUCAAGGCCGCCAUUAUCGACAAAGAGAUCACCAUCAUCUAUUUUCUCAUUGAUGCGAUGACUUCCGAAGCACAGGUGCCCAUGAUCCAGGCCCUUGCCGAAGUCAAGGCGAAGACCGGUCGCGAAGUCCACUUCUUGCAUACAUCAGGCGCCAAAUUAUUUAGCAGUCAUGCUGGCCACCCAACGGAUCGAACCAUUCCCGAUGAUGAUGUGAGCCUCUGGGAGCUGCAGAAGACAUCCCAACCGCGUUACGGCGUAGCCAAUCAGGGGCUCGAUGCCAAUAAUACUGUGAUCGAGACUGCCGAGGCACACGGUGUGCGGAGCUACAUCUUCAUCCCUUGCAUUGUGUACGGGAAAGGCGAAGGUUUCGGGAACCCGAUUUCUAUCCAGACGGUUGCAAUCGUCAAAGCUGCCAAAAAGCUUGGACGUGUAUACAAGCCUGACGCGGAUCAUCAUACUUGGCCCGUAUCUCAUGUUGUUGACAACGCGUUGCUUUAUCUGGAAAUCAUGCGGAACAUUCUGUCCGAUCAGAAUAUUGGGUUCGGAAAGAAUGGAUAUUACCUCGCUGCCAGCGGAAGCGUUUCCUGGAAUGACUUAUAUUGCGCAAUGGCAAGAGGACUGGCGAAGCGCAAGGUGAUCGAGACGGACGAGGUGAGUCUGGUUGAUGAUGCCGUGCUCGAGAAGAUGGGAGCUGCAUUGGGAUGCCCGAAAGAUAUGGUCCCGUUGUUCCUGGGAGGUGACUGUACGCUUCAAGCGAGAAAUGGCCGGAAAAUCGGCUGGAGGCCCCAAUUUCCAGAGGAGCACAUUCUUGAAAUGGCAGAUGAAGAAGUCGAUAUCAUCUUGCAGAACUCAUGA